AUGCAAAUUCUCAAACCAAUUCCUGAACGCUCCUCUUCCACAAAUGAACCAACAUUCAUGCAUGGAGGUGGCACUUAUCUAUUGAUGUCAUCGAAUUGGUCUUCUUGGGUGUAUAGUGGGUACGAAGGAAGUAUUUCCUCCGAUAAAGAUCCAAACAAGACGCAAUCGUCACACAAAUCACAAUUCCGACAUGUUAAAUUUUAUUCCAAACAAAUAUUUGAUGAAGUGAAUAGGAUUGGUAUUUCAAAAAUUGCUGGCGGAGAUAAUCACAUGUUUUUGCUUCUCAACAAUGGUGAUGCUUUUGGAUAUGGAUGGAACGAGUACACACAAUUGCUAACAUCCACCGUUAAAAACAUUGACACUGACAGUUGUGAUCAAUUCAUGAAAUGUCAUUUACAUCAAAUUCAAGACAUUUAUUGUGGAGCUAACUUUUCCUAUGCACUCGUUAAAGAAAAUUCUCAAGAAUUUCAAAUGUACUCUGCUGGUUGGAAUAAUGAUCGUUGUUUAUGUCAUGGAGUGAAUGGUGAUGGUUCUUCAAGACCACUCGGAAAAGUAUAUUGCAGUGAUGAAAAUAAUCAAGUCAUGCUCUUUCCACCAUCUCAUGAACAUGUCCUUAGUGUUUCAUGUGCUGGAUGUUCUGUAGCUGCAUUGACUGUUCAUCGAUUGAAUCCAAAAAAGAAGAAAGUGUAUCGUUGUGGAGCAUUUACUGGAUUUCCACGACCAAAUACUGAACAUUCUACUUAUGGUUGUUUGAAUUUUACAACUGUUAAGAAUGUUGAAAUAUUAUCUGGAGCAGUUUCAAUAGCACUUUGUAGUGGAUCAAUCGUUGUACUGUGUGAAGAUUUGUCAGCAUUUAUUCUUGGAAAAGAAAUCAAAUUGUCAAUACCUAUUAGAAAAGCAUUUCAAUUAGAAACAAGUUGUGUGUACAUGACAGAAGAUUACAAAAUUUAUAAUUGUGUAAAUGUUAACUCCAUCGAUACUUCCAAAGAUGUGAAAUGGUCAGAACCCAACUCAAACUCUGAACUGAAUGGCUCACAAUUUGAAACUCUGCAUGCAAGAGGAUCUAGAGCCAUAGGUGUUCUUUCAGACACAUUCGAUGCCAUUAUUUAUGACCAGAUGGAUCAAUCACAAUUUGAGAGAGUGAGUCUCUUGGAAAUGCUUUCAGCAGAUGAUCAAUUUCGGUUGUUAAGGAGCAAAUCUUUGGAAAUGCAGGUCGUUUGUUGUCGAUCUUGUUCCUUUGUGUUCAUCAAACCAAUCAAGAAGAGCGAUCCAAUGAGAAGAAAACUCUUGUUGCAAACACAAACGUUGGACAAUCCAUUUGUGGAUGUCGUUAUUGUGUGGAAUUGA